AUGAAAGGCACCUUGAAUUUAUUGAGUAAUAGUCAAGUUGCAUUGAUCGCCAUUGAUGAAGCGCACUGUGUAUCGCAGUGGGGACAUGAUUUUCGUCCAGAAUACCAGCAACUCUCUGUAUUACCAGAACGCUUUCCAAAUGUACCACGUAUUGCGCUAACGGCCACAGCAGACGCCAGAACCCGACAAGAAAUUAUUCAGCAACUAGGUUUAUCGCGUGCGAAGACCUAUAUGAGUAGCUUUGAUCGUCCCAAUAUUCGCUAUAUCAUUUCAGAAGCCCAAAACGCACGCGCUAAAUUAUGGGAUUUUAUUGAGCAGAAUCAUUCUGAAGAUACAGGCAUAGUGUAUUGCUUAUCAAGAAAAAAAGUUGAGAAUGUUGCAGAAUAUUUAUCCUCAAAAGGCCGAAAAGCUUUAGCAUAUCAUGCCGGAAUGCCCGCAGCGGUGAGGCAACAGCAUCAAGAACGUUUUUUACGUGAAGAAGGUAUUAUUAUUGUUGCGACAAUCGCUUUUGGCAUGGGAAUUGAUAAACCCAAUGUGCGCUUUGUUGGACACUUGAGCCUGCCAAAGAACAUCGAGGCAUAUUACCAAGAGACGGGUAGAGCAGGGCGCGACGGCGAGCCUGCCAAUGCAUGGAUGAGUUACGGCUUACAAGACGUGAUUACCUUACGCCAAAUGAUGGAAAGUGGUGAAG